CAAUCAGCAUCCCAAUCGAAAGUGGCCAGCACUAGAAGAAUACAAAUAAAAUACGUGUCAUCUCAUCUCUAGUUUAGAACAUUGUAUACUCGGAAAACGACCAAAUAUUUUUAAAAACAUAUGUCUCAAUAAAUGAGAGCUAGCUUUCAUUUGAUCAAGAACUUUGAAUCUCUCAGCAAAGUAAAUAAACAUUCAUGUUGAAAUGACACUAUACAAAUGUGUUUCCUGCAUACUUCUGUGGAAUAUCAUAGCAGCCUUUGCGCUGGUGGAUCGCCAAUUGCACACGUAUUCAGCAGAUGGAAGGAAUUAUGGCAAAGAUAAAACCGAGAGCCUGACUGGUUCAUUUCCAUUCCUCAUGCCAUCGGUUUCUCCAAAAACUCCGGAUUUGUAUUUAUGUACCCCUAUCAAAGUUGAUCCAACAACGUCGUAUUAUAUUGUUGGUUACAAGCCAAACGCAACUAUGAACACGGCACAUCAUAUGCUACUUUAUGGAUGCGGUGAGCCAGGAAAUACAAAACUAACUUGGAACUGUGGAGAAAUGUCUAAAUCCACUGAGGAAGAGUCAGGUAGCCCUUGUGGACCACAGUCACAUUCGCAGAUAUUAUAUGCCUGGGCAAGAGAUGCCCCUAGACUGGAUCUACCUUCGGGUGUGGGGUUCAAAGUAGGCAAGAAUUCGCAAACAAAAUAUUUGGUCUUGCAAGUGCAUUACGCUCACGUUGAUCAAUUCAAAGAUGGUUCCACUGACGAUUCGGGCAUAUUUUUGCAAUACACGGAAAAACCUCUAACAAAAUUAGCUGGUACCUUGCUUUUGGGUACCGAUGGCAUUAUUCCGCCAAUGAAGACAGAACAUAUGGAAGCCGCCUGUGAGAUAACUGAAAAUAAAACGAUUCAUCCUUUCGCAUAUCGUACGCAUACCCAUGGCUUGGGCAAAGUAGUAUCUGGAUAUAGGGUUCGGUCCAAUGCUCAGGGAGUUCAAGAAUGGACACUACUUGGAAAGAGGGAUCCGCUGACACCUCAAAUGUUUUAUAAUGUUGAGAACAAUUCGCCAAUCGUAGCGGGUGACUUUGUCGCUGCCAGAUGUACUAUGAAAAGCACACGACAUCGCGUAACAGAAAUUGGCCCAACAAACGAAGACGAAAUGUGCAAUUUUUACCUUAUGUACUACGUAGAUGAAGGUGAACCCCUGGAUAUGAAAUAUUGCUUUAGUCAAGGCCCGCCCAAUUACUACUGGGACAAUCCCGAUACCGGACUACAUAACAUUCCUGAUCAAGAUGCCAGCAUCUUGUAAAGUUAUAGCUCUCUCCAGUUUAUCAUAAACUAAAAAGUGUACAUUUAGUUUUCUGGAUUAAUUUGACUGUAAUCUGUUUAUUUAUGUUUGGUAAAUUUAGAUGUUGAACGUCAUAUUGUUAAACACUAAAUCAACUUAUAUAUAAUUUUAGCAUUAGAACCAAAUAUUGAAUGUACGACAUAUAAUA